ACGGCCGGGAGGCGCGCACCCUGACCGAGGCCGGAGCCGACGGGCUCGGGGACCGAGGCCAGGGCCCGCCGCCCGGGAGCAGACGCCGAGCCCGACCAGGCAGGCUGGCCGAGGGUGCCGUGAGCCGCCUGCCAGGGCCCUCCGUGACGCACCGCAGGGCAACCCGCCCCGGGUACCGCCGCCUGCAGGCCAGGGAGCGAAUCCGCCCCGCGGCGUGGGCCUAGGGGACUAACCGAGUUCCUAGGGGCCGUGCGAUGGACGUCCGCGACGUCCAGUCACGCCUGAGGUCGGCGCCGUGAGGUGACCGCGGUGGUGCAGGGCGUGCAGCAGUUGGCGGUGGCUGCUUUGGACAGUCCACCUCCCCGGGGGCCGGACCAGGCUUUGUCAGCCCCGACGCGACCGGUGCUGGGAAGGAAGCAAAGCUGAGGCUCAGAGCCGGGGCCGCCUGCGCUCCGCUCCCGGGUUAGCUGGCCCGGUCCCCAGAACCGCAGGUCCUGAAGUCACCCCAGCCCAGAGCCGUGUCGCUGCCCUCCGCGCGCCGAGAGCCGAGGCGUCAUAGCCUCAGAGACUUCUUCAGGACUCACAGAAACCAGCGAUGCCGUGGUGAUGGCACAGUGGGACUGUUUUCUUCCUCCGGGUCUGAAUGAGCGCAGGGAGGAGGGCCAAGGUAGAACCGGCGGACCUCUGGCUGUCCUGUAGCAUCAUCAGACCUCCGGGAACCCCUUUUUGAGCCCAAGACAAAGCUCGCGUGAACAAAUGAUUUUGAGUCAUGAAUGAAAAAUUUUGUUCUUUCUAUAAUGAAAAAGAAUUAAAAGACGGGCAGGAGAUCCUGGGCUGGAGUGUUAUCAGUGACAGAGUGCUAAACUAGUAUGCAGGAGGCCCAGGGUUCCCUCUUCAGCACCACAGAAAAGGAGAUUCUGUUCACCUCUGCAUCAUCUGCCUUUCCUGAAAACUUGAUUUCUAAGUGGCUUAUGAAAGUUUAUUUUUGUUUGCUUGGGUUGGGAGAAAAUUUCAUUGAGAAAUCACCCUGCAGCUCAGUCUGCAGCUCAUCGGUUAAAAGACUAUCUCCUGGGCGUUCUGCGGCUCAUGACAAGAAUGGUGGUGCUCUCGUGGACUUCAGAGGAAUUCCUAUCUCAGCGUUGAAGACUCAUGAUGUUCUCCGGGCCCUGACGGCAGAAACUAAUGGAUGGGAGCCAGGUGUCGUGAGUGCAGAGGUGCUCCAGGCCCAGGAGGAGUGGGAGGCUGUGGACACCAUCCACCCCGAGGCAGAGAGCUGGGGCUACUCAGACCAGCCUGGACAGCUCAUCUCCUUUGGGGAGGCCCUGCAGCACCUCCAGACUCUGGACCUCUCUUCCUUCAAGAAGAGAAUACAACCAACUGUUCGAAGGACUGGGCUCGCCGCCCUCCGGCACUGCCUCUUUGGACCUCCAAAGCUCCACCAGGGCCUUAGGGAAGAAAGGGACUUGGUCCUGACCAUUGCCCAGUGUGGCCUGGACAGCCAAGACCCAGUGCAUGGCCGUGUGCUCCAGACCAUCUACAAGAAGCUGACUGGCUCCAAGCUGGACUGCGCCCUCCGGGGAGACCACUGGGAGGACCUGGGCUUCCAGGCUCUUGAAGGUGCACUGCUUCCCUCUGGCCUCGUAGUGUCUGGAGCGAAUCCAGCCACAGACCUUCGAGGGGCGGGCUUCCUUGCCCUCCUGCAUCUGCUGUACCUGGUGAUGGAUGCAAAGACCUUGCUGAUGGCCCAGGAGAUUUUCCGCCUGUCUCGUCACCACAUUCAGCAGUUUCCUUUCUGUUUGAUGUCUGUGAACGUCACCCGCAUCGCCAUCCAGGCCUUGAGGGAGGAGUGUCUCUCCAGGGAGUGUAACCGGCAGCAAAAGGUCAUUGCCGUGGUGAACAGCUUCUAUGCUGCCACUUUCCUCCGCCUCGCCCACAUCUGGAGGACCCAGCAGAAGACCAUCUCAGACUCGGGCUUUGUUCUCAAAGAUUUGGAAGCGUUGGCCAAGAAGAGCCCACGGCGGCUGCUCAAGACCCUGGAGAGCUACCUGGCCCGGGCAUCAAAGGGACAGGCCUCCUUAUUGGCACAGAAGUACCCUGGGCCACAAGCCUCUUGCGCCUCAGAUCUCACCUUCACAGGUGUGUGUGACCUGCAGCCCCACUCCUCUGAGGGUGCAGGGCUGAUCUGAGCCUCCCAGAGACCAGCUGAUAGAAAGACUCCCAGCCUGGGCCACCAGGCUUCCAAGGACACAUGGCAAACCACGUCUAGUGCCCCCUGGCCAGGCCAGGCGCUUUCCUGCCUCGGCAAAUGAGGUGAGAAGCUCCUGGACCUGGGUACCCUCACCAGUGCGAGAUGCUCUGGGCGACUAGACCUGACUGCUCCCUGCAGACCUGCCCCAGGAGCAAGCAGAGUCCUGCCGUCCCACCCGUGCUCCCGCCCCCAGGGCUGCAUCCCAGCAUUCGUGGCAGUGAGUGGUGCCACGCCUCUCCACAGCAUAGGAGCUUGCCAGGUGGAGACAGCUGGAGCUCUGGCUCCCUGGCAGCAUUGAGUCCUACCUCUGGGUCAAAUCCCAGGGGGAGGAGCAGCGAUGACAGCCAGCAGGAGGCAGCACUGGCAGCUGGUGCCGCUCCUCCCCAGGCCUCCCCUCCUCUCCCCUCAGUUUGUGGUCUAGAGAUGGGCAUUGGGCUGGUGGCCCCGGCUGCCCCAUCCCAGCUGCCCACCAGCUAGGGGCUUGUCCUGGGAGACUGUACGCUUCCUCAUGAUUGUUUUCUGUCCUGAGUGAGGAAGGAGGAAGUUGCUCACACACCAGCGCUUCUAGAAUAAAGCAGUUGCUCCAGUUGGA